AGCUUUAAGAGACGAACAAAAACACCAGUCCCGUUGGUGCUCACGCCUUUAGGGUCCGUCUUAAAGUUAGUUUUUGUGUGUUUUGCACGUUUGAUGCUUUGAGGUUUGAAGCAGCCAAAAUUUGCAGGAAGGAAAGAAACGACAUACUCAAGUAAAUGAGUCAUGCUGCUCGUAGAUCCAGGAGUGUACAUCGGCACUGCAGCUGACCUGAACGACUGCCAGGCGCUCGCUGCAGCUUCGGUCACCCACAUCCUGUCUGUGGAAUCUGUGGAUCCUGGUCCACAGAUUCCUGCCACAGGAAACUUCAUCAGAAAGUGGAUCAAUGCUUUAGAUGAAGAGACGACUGAUCUGCUCAGUUACUUGGACGCCUGCAACAUAUUCAUUGAUGAGGCUGUAAAAGGGGGCGGAGCUACACUGGUUCACUGUCAUGCAGGUCGAAGCCGCAGCGCCACCAUUGUGACUGCAUAUUUAAUGAAGAAACACCAUCUGGCCUUCCCUGAAGCUUACCAAAGACUGAAAAGUGUCAAACAAGAUGUUCAGGUCAACAGGGGUUUUGAAGAGCAGCUGCAGCUGUAUGAGUCCAUGCUAUGUCAGGUGGACACAUCUAGUGCUUUGUACAAACAAUACAGGCUGAACAAGAUUGCAGAGAGAUAUCCAGAGUUGCAGCAAGUCCCAAGAGAUAUUUUUGCUAAUGACCCCGCCCACUCCAGCUCCUCCGAGGUGUCAUACAGAUGCCGGAAGUGCAGACGAACUCUGUUCCGUGGCUCCAGCAUUCUCAGUCAUCCCGUAGGCGAUGGAGCUUCAGCCUUCAGUCAUAAGAAGACCAGCAACCUCUCUGGAGAAGUUCAGUGUACGUCCUACUUCAUCGAGCCGGUACAGUGGAUGGAACAAGCCUUACUUGGAGUGAUGAACGGACAGCUGCUGUGUCCAAAGUGCAGCUCGAAGCUGGGCUCCUUCAGCUGGUGCGGGGAUCAGUGCUCCUGUGGACGUUGGGUCACGCCUGCCUUUCAGCUUCAUCGCAACAGAGUCGACGAGAUUCGACAAAUCAACUCAACAAAAUAACACAAAUUAUGUCCUCGCCCCUCUGUUCCUUUACAAUGUUUACUUUGUUGUGAUCAUGCUAGAAUGAAAUUAAAAAAACAUGUAAGAAAUAGAAAUAUGAUGUAUAUUUUUUAAUAAAUAAAGUAAAUCUGUAAAGUUUACAUGAUAGUAAGAUUUUCUUAUGUUAUUUUAACUUGUAAAAGUUUGGAUUCCGUGUUUGUAGGCAUAUGAAAAAUGCACUGUCGUCAGGAGAAAUGUAUUCAAUCGGGCAUAAAUUCUCUAUUAAUGACAUAUUAGAUGUCAUUACAUGUAGAUGAUCAGAUUGAUGCAACAGUCAUCUAACGAACAAAACAAAAAAAAAGGCAAAAAAUCUCCCAAUGGGACUCCGAUCCACCUUAUAUUUCCAUUUCAGUUAUUGAAAUUUGUGUUCAUGUAAAUAUUCCAUCAUGUGGGAAGAAACCAGAAGUGGAAACUUCAGCCACAUAUCUUCAUAAACUUUAUCACACUUUUGCUCAUAUUUUUCUUAAACAUAAAGGAUUAGGUGAUAGCAUUUGUUUUUUGCUACAGGUUUGAUUUAAAAGAAUAUAAACUUAACGGAUGACUCCAAGAGAAAUGAUCCAUCUGCAUGUAGAUAUUAUGUUGAGAUUUGUCUUUUCUGGCUUUGGCAGCCUGAUCAGUACUUUUACAGAGGCCCAAAUGUGGAUUUUUAUACUUUCACGAGUCAGAGUAGAUGCCACCAGGGGGCAUGAUAAGCUGGACCACAUCUACUGACUGCAAACCUUCUCGCUCUUGAGGCAAAUUU